AUGGAUAUAAAACAACUACCAUUAAAUGAACGUGAAGAGUUAUGUUAUGAAAGAUUAAAUAUAUUAAGAGAAAAAAAAGCUAAAUUAGAGAAUGGAAUAAAGACUGUAUCAGCAACAAAAAUUGAUAAUUGUUCAGAAGAAGUAAUUUCAUCAAUUAAAGAGAUGAAAGAAAAAUUAGAAUCUUCUUUAAAUUUAUUAAUUAAGCAAGAGAAUGAUUAUUUAGAUAUAUUGGCACACAUAAAAGCUAUGAGAAAAAUAAAUGAGAAAGAUGAAGAUAAAAAUGAUGAUGAAAUAACAAUAAAAGAUGUCCACCAAGAAUUAAAAAAUAUUAAAGAUGCAAUGGAAAGGACAGAGACAGCUUCAAAAAUAAAUGAGCAAUUGAUGAUGACAUUGAAAUUACAACAACAAAAAAGAGCAGCUUUAGCUGGAAUAAAUCUAAAAAAAAGACAGGAACAAAAUAUUGAGGCAGAUCAGGCGACUGAAGAAUUUUUAACAGCGAAAAAAAAAUUUUUAACUCAAAAGACAGAGAUAGAACGUAAAAAUAUACAAUUGGAGAAAUUAAAAAAAGAGAUAAUAAGAAGAGAAUUACUGGGAAAAGAUAACAUAGAUAAUGAAAUUGUAGUUAUAAAUAAUAAGAAUACUGAUCAACAAAAGGUUGCCGAAAAAGUGUAUGUUAGUAAUGGCAAUGAUGAUGAUGAUAAAAAUAAUGAAAAGAAAAGAGAAAUAUUUAAUGAUAUUGAACCUUUUGUUGAUGAAGAGAACUGUCAAAUGAUUAAUGAAGAGGAGAAUGAUGAUGAAGAUGAGUAUAGUCAUUUAAGUUUAAGUGAAAUGAAAGAAAGGAGGGACGCUUUUAAUGAACAGAUAACAACAAAAUUAAGACUUUUAGAUGAAAAUAAAAAUCGUAUGAGAUUGAUAAAAGAAAAAUUAUUUGGUCUUCAGAAAGAUUCAUUCAAAAAUAUGUCUUUAGAUAAUAGUAAAAAAAUUGAAAAUACUAAUACUGAAAAAAGAAAGGAUAGUUUUGAUAAUAAGACAAAAAUUGAUAUUGAUUAUGAAGAUGCUUUAUCAAGAUUACAAAGUUUAACUUCAAUGCGCCAACGUCUUGAAUUAAUUCACCAAAAUAUGACAGAAGAUGGAAUUUUAGAUAAAGAUGUAAAAAAUUUAACUGUUCCAGAUAUCAUAUUAUCAGAAAUUAAUGAAGUCAUCUCAACAAACAAGGAAGCCAUGGAUAAUUAUGGAAAAAGUAACUCAGUUGAGAAAGGAAAUGAGAAAAUUUCAUCAUCUACGGAUGCUACAGUUCCAAGUUGUGUAACAAAUGCUUUAGAUGAUUCUUAUCUUGGAGGAAAAUAUUCACAAAAAUUACUAAAUAGUAGUGAAAGUAGUUUUGAUGUAACAACUAUUGAAAAUGUUAUUAAAAAAGGAAAUAAUAUUGAGAAUGAUGAAAGAAAUAAUGAUGAAUCUGAGUUGAUCUCUGUUGUUCGCAAAGCAUUUCAUGACACUAUAGAUGGUAAAAAUUCUGUACCAUCAAAAAGUCCAAAUUGUGGCUUUUCAACAUCUUAUUCUACAAUUAAUUCAUCACAAGAAUUUAGUGAUAACAAAACACCUGUAGGUGAUACUAGUACGAUAAACGAACAACUUGCUAAAAUGGAAGAAAUUUUGAAUAUGCAUUCAUUAAAAUUAGAAGAAAUUUCUAAACAGGUGAAUUCACUUUCUUCAUCCACCAAUUGUCAUAUUUCUUCAGGUUCAGUACCUUCUAAAUCACCUUUAACAAUUCCCAUUAAUUUUACUGAUGAAAUUAUAAAAAAUCUUUUUACAAAUAUUUUUACUAAUGCAUCAAAAGAAGCAUUAAAAAAUUUUAAUGAAUCACUUAACAAAUUAUGUACUAGUAAAUGUUUACCAGAAGAAUUAAGUGACAAUAUUCAAAAAUUAAUUAAAUCAUGUUCUCAUAUAUCUGAUCUUAGAAGUUGUUCUAAAGAUUCUAAGUCAUCAUUUGAAGAUGUAUUGGAUGAUGGAUUUGAUGUUAAGGAGAUGCCUUUAUUCAAAAAUCAUUCACCAAUAUUAAAUAAAAAUAAUACAUACUGGAAUCAUGAAUAUUGGGAUCGUGGUGAGGAACAACAAGAAAAUUUUAAUUUUAUAGAUGCUUUAAGGCAAUCCCAAUAUGAUAAUUGUGUUAAUAAUGAAACAACAAAAAUUUCAAAAAUGAAAACAAGAGAAAAAGUUUUAAAAUUUACUUCAUCAUUAAUAAAAUCAUCCUCUGAAGAUUUGACAACAUCUGGUGAUACAGAUUCUAAGAAAGAAUUUAAAAAUGAAAAAAAUGAAGAAUGUAGUAUAGUGGAAGAGCAAAUAUUUUUUAUCAUCUCUUCUAUAAUACCUUUUCUUAAUAUGCAACAACAAUCUUCACCUACAGCUGACUUGAGAUUUAUUGCAGAUCUCAGAAACCUGAUAUUAAAUGAGACACGGUCAAUAUAUUGUAAAAAUAUGGAUGUCAAAAAUAGUCAAACCUUUACAAAACAAAUAUCAUCAAUUCUAGAUGCUUCAUUGUCUUCUUACAUAGGAUGUAAUAUAAAUGAAAAUCGUGAACAAUUAAUUCUAGAACUUUCUGAUGUUUUACAUAAUGAACUUUCUUUUUAUAAUUUAAUUAAUGAUAUAAAUAAUGUUUUUGUAGGUAAAUGA